AUGGAGGCGUUAAUCGCAGACUCGUGGCUCAAGGUGGAAAAUGCGAUGGGCCAGCGACCUCAGUUGACUGGCGAUGUUUAUGCUAUGCGUGCGCAGUAUAAGGCUCUCGCUGAUCAAGCCAAUGCAGCUCGAGAUCUUAGCCCGAAUAUCACGGUUGAAGACAAAACCAUUACAUCGCAACUCACAGUGAGAACCUACACGCCCACCCUUGACCAAGAAGGUUCCAGUCCACUCCCUGUUGGACUGUACUUUCACGGCGGCGGGUUGUGUUGUGGUGACUUAGAUUCCGAAGACACCUUUUGCAGGGAAGUCGCGGAACGCUUGCCAUGCAUCAUCGUCUCGGUGGGCUAUAGACUUGCACCAGAGUUCAGAGUUCCCGCCCAGGUCGACGAUGCCAUGGAGGCGUGGGACUGGGCAUACAAUAACGCAACUUACCUGAACGGUGACCAGACGCGGUAUUUUACGAUUGGCCAAAGUGCAGGAGGCACUAUUGCUCUGGCAGUAGUGCGCCGGCUGGUCUUUCUUGGACGGGAACGUGAAGUCAGGGGCAUUGCAGCCAUUGUUCCAUUUGCCGUUCAUCCGGAAGCUGUGCCAGCGCGCUAUGUUGACAGAUAUCGUGCCUUUGAGGAAUUUGGUGAUGGUCCUGUCAACACGAAGCAGGCAAUGAGUCUUUUCUAUGGUUGGUGGCAUAAUUCUCUUCAUUAG